AUGUUCAUUUACAGCAAGAAUGGUAAAAUUGACAACAAGCUACGGCCUAAGCUAAUUGAAUCUUUAAUGAAGAUGUUAAAUCAUUUCAAUCCUUUGGUUAAAGCUUUUCGUUCUUACAAGGACAGGUACCAAAAUUCAGAUAUUGAGGAUACUGUCCGAAUGGUUCUAAUAGCCAAGAGAGACAAAGAUGCUAGAACACAUAACUUGCCAACUGCAACGGAAGUUGCUGCAUUAAUUCCUGGUGAUUUUGAAGAAGGGUUAGACAAUAGAGACAUUAUGUUAGAAGCAAAGGAUGGAAGUCUUCGAAGAAUCAGUGAAUUAUACGUUGGUUAUCUAGCUCUGAAAUAUCCUCUAUUAUUUCCUUACGCUGAAGAUGGCUAUCAAGUUGGUAUUGAAGAUGGUUUUUCACAUAAAGAGGACAGAAAACGGAAGACUAUCAGCAUGAGAGAAUAUUAUUCAUAUCGAAUUCAGGAUAGGUUGAUGGAAUCUCAGGCAAUAAUUCGGUCUAAACGACUAUACCAGCAAUUUUUGGUCGACGUAUUUACAAUGAUUGAAGCUAAUAGAUUACGAUACUUCAGGAACAACCAAGUCAAACUUAGGUCUGAGAAGUUUGUAAAUUUAGUUGAAGCGCAUAAUGAAGGCCAAAGUGAUCUAUCCAAUACUGGAAAACGUAUUUUGAUUCCUGCAUCAUUCACUGGUGGUUCUAGGUACAUGAAUAACAAUUACUUGGAUGCAAUGGCUAUUUGUAAAUACUUCGGAUUUCCCGAUUUAUUUAUCACUUUCACUUGCAAUCCAAACAGGCCAGAGAUUGUUAGGUAUUGUCAGAAACGAAAUCUCAAACCUGAAGACAGGCCUGAUAUUUGUUGUCGUAUAUUCAAGAUGAAGCUGGAAUCCCUAAUGACAGAUUUGACUGAAAAAAGUUGUUUGGUGAAACUGUUUGUGAAGAGAGGACUUCCUCAUGCUCAUAUUUUGAUUUGGAUGGCAUCGAAAUACAAAUUUCCUACACCUGAAUCAAUAGAUAAAGUAAUAUCAGCUGAGAUUCCUAAUAAAGAAACUGAUCCUGAGUUAUAUGAAGUUGUGAAGCAGAACAUGAUACAUGGUCCAUGUGAGCACAUAUCAAUGUUGAGUGGUGUACACAAGCUAGGUCAAUCAAGUAUUUAUUCAAAUACAUCCACAAAAGGUCCUGAUAGAGUUUUAGCUACUAUCGAGAAUAAUGCCAAAGACAUUGGUGAGUUUGCGAACGAGGAUGGUGACGACGCAUCUGAAGUUACUAAAGAUGAGAUUAGAGAGUAUUUUGAAUGCAGAUAUGUAUCUGCUUGCGAAGCAUCUUGGCGUAUACUUGCUUUUGCAAUACAUUAUAGAAGUUUGCCUGUGGAAAAAUUAUAUUUCCAUCUCCCUGGAGAACAACCAUGCAUGUAUGGUGAUGAUGACCCGGUAGAAACAGUUCUUAAUCGCAGAUCAGUUCAGAGUUCAAUGCUACUUGCUUUCUUUGAAGCUUGCAACAAAUAUCCUGAAUUAUCGAAGAAUCUCACCUAUGCCGAAUUCCCAAUAGUGUUUAUAUACGACAUAAAAGAGGUUGAGUGGAGGCCAAGACAAAAGGGUAUGGCUAUAGGGAGACUAACAUAUGUUCCUCUAUCAUGUGGUCAGCUUUACUAUUUACGUGUAUUGCUAAACAUGGUCCAAUGUCCAACCAGUUUUGAUUUUUUGAAAACGGUUGACAAAGUUUUAUAUCCUACAUUCAAGGAUGCAUGUUAUGCUUUGGGUUUGCUAGAUGAUGACACUGAAUACAUAGAAGCUUUGAAAGAAGCAAGCAUUUGGGGAUCCGGAUCUUUCCUAAGGAAACUUUUUGCUGUUAUGCUCAUUACGGAUAGUAUUCUUAAUCCAUGUGGAGUUUGGAAUGAGACUUGGCAACUUCUUUCAGAUGAUAUCAUAUAUCGACGAAGGAGAUUAGAAAACAGAGAAGGAAAAACACAUUUAUGGAAAAUUUUGUCUGCUGCCAUUCGUUCUAAAGGACAAAUUGUAUUAAACGUGGCCAGUAGUGGUAUAGCUGCUCUUUUAUUGCCUGGUGGAAGAACAGCUCAUUCACGAUUUGGAAUUCCUUUAAAUCCAGAUGAGCUAUCUACUUGCAAUAUGCAUCCAGGAUCAGAUUUAGCUGCAUUAGUGGCUGAGGCCUCAUUAAUCAUUUGGGAUGAAGCUCCUAUGAUGAGUAAAUUUUGUUUUGAGAGUUUAGAUUGGAGUAUCCGUGAUGUUAUUCCUAGGCAUAAAGAUAAACCUUUUGGUGGAAAGGUUGUUGUCUUUGGUGGUGAUUUCCGACAAGUCUUGCCUGUUAUAACUGGUGGUGGAAGAGAAGAUAUCACAAGGGCAUCUCUAUGUUCUUCUUAUCUAUGGGACGAAUGUAAAGUUUUGAAACUAACAAAAAACAUGCGUUUACUGGCAGACAUUGAUGCAAGUGUUGCAGAAGAAAUCAAAUCUUUUUCUGAAUGGAUUCUUCGGGUAGGCGAUGGUAAGGUUAGUCUACUAAAUACAGGGGAAGUCAUGAUUGAUAUGCCCGAGGAACUUUUGAUAACAGAGUGCAAUGAGCCGAUUAAGGCUAUUGUUGAAUCUGUUUAUGGAUUAGGAUUUGAAGACCAAACCGAUCCUAACUUUUUCCAGGAAAGAGAAAUUUUAUGUCCAACUAAUGAUGAUGUAUGCGCGAUUAAUGAUUACAUGAUGUCUGCUCUUCGAGGUGAAGAGAGAGUUUAUCUAAGUUCAGAUUCUAUAGAUCCAUCAGAUACUUCCAAUCAUGACAGUAGUGUUUAUACUCCAGACUUUUUGAAUAACAUAAAGAUUUCUGGUUUACCUAAUCAUUGUAUAAAGUUGAGGGUAGGAUCACCUGUCAUGUUGCUAAGGAAUAUUGAUCCCAAUAGUGGGUUAUGCAAUGGAACCAGACUUCAAGUGACUCAACUAGCUGAUCAUAUCAUUGAAGCAAUUGUGUUAACAGGGCAUACACUCGGUCAGAAAGUCUAUACACCUAGAUUGUCUGUUUCACCUCCUGAAGGCAAAUUCCCUUUCAGAAUGAGACGGAGACAAUUCCCAUUGAUUGUCUCAUUUGCUAUGACCAUCAAUAAAAGUCAGGAACAAACACUCUCAAGUGUUAGUUUAUAUUUGCCUAGACCUGUUUUUUCACAUGGUCAGUUGUAUGUUGCUCUAUCCAGAGUUAAGUCUAAAGCAGGGCUAAAGGUUCUCAUUGUUGACAAAGAAGGCAAUCCACAGAAACAGACCAUGAAUGUCGUCUUCAAAGAAAUAUUCCAGAAGCUUAUCAAGUAG